UUUUCUCUCUCCUCGCUAUUUUGCUUUGCCUUCGACCCUCUCUCUCUCUCUCUCUCUCUCUCUCCUUGCGAAGAAGACGAAGCAGGAGAGAGCAACAAUGGCGGCGUCCGCGAUGUCCCUCGACCCCAAGCCCACACCCUCUCCGGCGCCCGCCUCCGCGGCCGCCGACGAGGAGGAGGACCUGUACGGGCGCCUCAAGUCGCUCCAGCGCCAGAUCGAGUUCGUCGACAUCCAGGAGGAGUACGUCAAGGACGAGCAGAAGAACCUGAAGCGCGAGCUCCUCCGCGCCCAGGAGGAGGUGAAGCGGAUCCAGUCCGUGCCCCUCGUCAUCGGCCAGUUCAUGGAGAUGGUCGACCAGAACAACGGCAUCGUGGGAUCCACCACGGGAUCCAACUACUACGUGCGGAUCCUCAGCACGAUCAACAGGGAGCUCCUCAAGCCCUCCGCCUCCGUCGCGCUCCACCGCCACUCCAACGCCCUGGUCGACGUGCUCCCGCCGGAGGCCGAUUCGAGCAUCUCGCUCCUCAGCCAGUCGGAGAAGCCAGACGUUACUUAUAACGACAUUGGAGGGUGUGAUAUCCAGAAGCAAGAAAUCCGUGAAGCUGUUGAGUUGCCUUUGACGCAUCAUGAACUGUACAAGCAGAUUGGCAUCGAUCCCCCAAGAGGUGUACUUCUGUAUGGUCCCCCUGGCACUGGCAAAACAAUGCUUGCCAAGGCUGUGGCUCAUCACACAACUGCAGCUUUUAUAAGAGUUGUUGGAUCAGAAUUUGUUCAGAAGUACUUGGGGGAGGGUCCAAGAAUGGUUCGAGAUGUUUUCCGACUUGCUAAGGAGAAUGCACCUGCUAUAAUUUUCAUUGAUGAGGUUGAUGCCAUAGCUACUGCACGUUUCGAUGCUCAAACAGGAGCUGACAGAGAAGUUCAGCGUAUCCUCAUGGAACUGUUGAAUCAGAUGGAUGGGUUUGAUCAAACGGUGAAUGUGAAGGUUAUUAUGGCAACAAAUCGGGCAGAUACUUUAGAUCCUGCUCUUCUUCGUCCGGGUAGACUUGAUCGGAAAAUUGAAUUUCCUUUGCCAGACAGACGGCAGAAGCGUCUUGUUUUUCAAGUGUGUACUGCUAAAAUGAAUCUCAGUGAUGAGGUUGACUUAGAAGACUACGUUUCUCGACCAGAUAAAAUCAGUGCUGCUGACAUUGCCGCCAUCUGCCAGGAAGCCGGGAUGCACGCCGUCCGCAAGAACCGGUACGUGAUUCUUCCGAAGGACUUCGAGAAAGGUUAUCGAACCAACGUGAAGAAGCCGGAGACCGAUUUUGAUUUCUACAAGUGAGAGCGGCGUCUAACGGUCAACUUACCAAGUUAGUCCCAAUGCUUUCAUGUAAACUGAUUAUGUACUCGAGGAUGGAAAAUGAGGUUUGUUAGUGAUACAUGCUACAUGUUUCUUCAUGCAAAAUUGAUUUUAAGCUCCUCUUUAUUCACCUCCUUGUUUUGGAUUUGUAUUUCUGUAAUUCAAAUUGCUUCGUGGAACGGAAGUAGGACUAAUACUUGCAUGCCAACUAGUUGGAUUUCAACUGUAGACAUGAUUUACAUUCUUUCAAGCUGCUAUUAUCAUAUAGCAUAGUGCUCCUUUCUUCAA